AUGUCACAACAUAGACCACAUUUAUCAGCUUCAUCAUCAUCAUUUUAUGAAAGUAAUCCAAGUGAUAGAUCAUAUACUAUGGGAGGCGGAGGAGGAGGAAGGGUGAAUCAAGCACCAUCAACAACACCACAGAGAAGAACCAAUCCUAUGCCUCCAAGUUAUCUGAAUACACCAACUAGAAUGACACCAGUUGACACUUCAUCGACUAGUGGUAUAUUUGAUGAUACUCAGGUUGAUCAUAGAUACGAUCAUGAUCAGAUACCUGUCACUCCAAUCCGUCCGUCAUCCCAUCAGCAACACCAACAAUACCAAUAUGAAAAUGGGAGAACUCCAGUACACACAAAUGGUCCCAUCAAUUCUUCAUCUACUACUACAACUCCAGGUGCCUCUGUACCUUUUGAAAGAUCAAAUGGCAGUAGACCUACCACCUCCACAACAACCCCUUCUUCUCAUGUGCCACCCUCACCAACUGCACCAAGAAGACCAACAACAGCAACACAACAAUCAUCGGCUACACCAACAACACAAUCAUCCAUGUUUUCAUCGAUGCAAUAUCAAGACAACUUUGCUCAAGAGGGAAAUGCAAUGUCUGAUCAAUUAAAAAGAUCUGCUUAUCGAGCUGUAGGACAACAACAACAACAACAACCACAACAACAAUCUCAACCACAACAACCUCCUCAACAACCACAAUACACACAAAGAGAUUUUCAACCAACACAAUAUGUUGAUGAAGUUGAACAAAGACAUCAACAACAACAACAACAACAACAACAACAUUCAUAUAUAUCGCCAACUACAUCACCAUCAAUAACAAAAGAAGGUGGAGAUUAUGUAUCGGCAAUCGAAAAACAAUUAAAUUUUAUUACCAAACAACUGGAAAAGGAAAAGGCAAAGAAUAGAGAAUUACAAUUAUCAUAUUCCAACCAAUCCUCAACAACAACUGCUCCAACAUCAAUGAAUGGUAGUGGUAUGAAUGGUGAUUAUUAUUCCCAUCAACAACAACAACAACCACAACAACAACAAUCUCAACCACAACAACAACCUCCUCAAUAUCAACAAAGUCAGAGUCAAGGACAAGGACAACAAAAAUAUUUUAAUAUUUCAGAUGAUAUAAUGGAUAAUUUUGAUGAAUUAAAUCAAAUUAGAAAACAAUUGGAUGAUACAGUUGACAAGUUGUAUAGAGAAAAGGAGAAAUGUUCGGAAAAAGAGGCCAUCAAUACUGAUUUGAGAAAACAGAUUGAUAUGAUUGAAAGAGAAAAGAUGGAACUACAGAAAUCAACCUUUUCAUUCAAAUCACAUAUUUCACUUGUCGAAGGGCGUCUCAAGGAGCGAGAGGCAGAGACCAUGUCGCUUCGUGGCGUCAAAGAACACAAACACAUCCUAGAGAGAGAAAAGAAAUUGUUGGAAGAAAACAAUAGUAAAUAUCUCGACGACAUUAAUGACAUGUCGAUUCGUUUCAACACUACGAUUGCCGAAAAGAGCAGAACCGAGGAAUCGAUGAAAUCGGAAAUUGCCAAACUCGGCGAAGACAAUCUCAAGUUGGCCCGUGAAAAUCUUGCCCUCCGAGAAGAUUAUGAACAGCAAAUCGCACAUCUCCAAUACUUUCAAAAGAACGAGAAUGAAAUGAAGAGUGAGAUUGGAAGUUUGCAAUCGGAUAUUAAAAUUGUCAAAACUGACCACGAAACUCUUAGACGAAAAAACGACGAACUCUUGCGUCAACUCAGACAAAAGAGUGCUGUGGCCGACCAGGUGGAUCAACUCAGAGAACAAUUACACGAAAAGGAUCAACAUAUUGCCAAUCUUGUCAAGUUUGAAAAGGAGGCCCUACCAAGAUUACAAACACUUGAACCCCAAAAUAGAAAACUCGACCAACAAGUUCAACAAUUGACGGCCGAGAUUGACAGACUAAAGGAUCAAAAGAAACAAGAAUCCGCGUCCUAUCAAUCUAAACUUGCUCUGUUUGAAACCAAUAUGAAAGCGGCAAGUGCUCAUGCUCAACAAACCAUUUCUCAAAAGGAUUCUCAAUUAAAGGAUUAUAAGGAUAAAAUGGAUGCUCUUAGAAAACAAUUUGGUAUGACUAGUAUUAGUAGUGGUAGUGGUGUUGGAGAUGGUAGUAGUAGUAGUAUGAGUGGUAGUGGAAUCCGUACUUCUCCAAUGAGUUCUUCACAACAUCAACCUCAACCACGUGUUCCACAACCUCAACCUCAUCAUCAUACUCAACAACCAAUACAACAACAAACUCAUCAUCAUCAACAACCAACAACAUUUUCACAACAACAACAACAUCAUACUCAACAACAACAACCAAUACCAACUCAUAGGCCAAUGGCAGGAGGUCAAUCUGGUGGAAUUGGGGGUGGAUCAUCAAUGAGACAUUAA